GUGCUGUAGGCUUUCUAGGCAAGAUGGUAGCGGUGAGCCGGUAUCUCGAUUAGGUGUUAAGAAAUCAAUUUCAUCAGUCUCACGGGAAUUAAGAAAACAUUUAUGAAUGAGCUAUGGCGCAUCAAUUACUAUCAUCCGCUACGAAACUAGAGAGGUUGGUUCUCAAGUCUGUGCAAAAAGGCCGUCUCAAUCAUUUCCAGUUAUGGAGAAAAUUAUCUCUACUAAAAUCUAACACUGGACCAUCUAUGUUCGAACGUGUACAACUUCAAUGGAGACUUUUCGCUGAAGAGCCACCGAAAGGAUUUGAAAAAUUUUUCAAACCUGGUUGGAAAAAGGAUCAACCAUCUAAGCCUAGUGCUACCAAAGAUGCUCCGAGUAAACAGCCGAGUGGGUCAGAGGGAUCAAAACAGUCACAAAAUCCAUGGUCGUUUGGAGCUUUUGGCCCAACCAGGCCAGGCGGUUCAAACAAAGGCCGUGAUGGCGGUAUGGACAAAUGGGUUGCUUUCGGUGCUGUCGGUACCGUCGGUGCACUAGGUCUUUAUCUCCUUUCCGUAAGCAAUGAAAAAGAAAUUACGUGGAGAGAAUUUGUGUACAGUUACUUAAAUAAAGGACUGGUAGAGAAGCUCGAAGUUGUUAAUAAAAAAUGGGUGCGUGUCCGAUUAGUCCCUGGAGCUGCGGUUAACAAGUCUGGAUGUUUAUGGUUUAACAUCGGUAGUACAGAUAGCUUUGAGAGGAAUCUGGAGAAUGCUCAGCUCGAAUUAAAUAUAGAACCCCAGAAUCACAUACCAGUUAUCUACAGGAGUGAAUUUGAACCUAAAUUCCUCAUUACGUACUUACCAACUCUCGUUCUUUUAGGAUGCAUCAUAUACGUAAUGCGACGUUCUGCGGAGAUGAUGGGCGGAAAAGGUCGGAAGCGAGGGUUGUUCGGUGGCGUUAUGGAAUCCACAGCCAAACUAAUCAAUUCCGAUGAGAUCGGCGUUCGCUUCAAAGAUGUAGCUGGUUGCGAGGAAGCAAAAAUCGAAAUUAUGGAAUUCGUGAAUUUCCUUAAGAACCCGCAACAGUAUAUCGACCUCGGUGCUAAAAUACCUAAAGGCGCCAUGUUAACAGGUCCUCCUGGUACUGGGAAGACGUUAUUAGCGAAAGCAACAGCAGGCGAAGCAAACGUUCCUUUCAUAACCGUGUCUGGUUCCGAGUUCCUCGAAAUGUUCGUGGGAGUGGGUCCCUCUCGAGUCCGGGACAUGUUUGCGAUGGCGAGGAAGCAUGCUCCGUGUAUAUUGUUUAUAGACGAGAUUGACGCCGUCGGUAGGAAGAGGGGCGGUCGAAAUUUCGGCGGCCAUUCGGAACAAGAAAAUACUCUGAAUCAGCUUUUAGUAGAAAUGGACGGUUUCAACACUACGACGAACGUCGUCGUUUUAGCAGCAACAAAUCGUGUCGACAUUUUGGAUAAGGCUCUCAUGCGACCGGGCAGAUUCGACCGACAAAUAUUCGUCCCCGCUCCGGACAUUAAGGGACGCGCGUCCAUUUUCAAGGUUCACUUGGAACCUUUGAAGACAACGUUAGACAAGGCGCAGCUGGCCAGGAAGAUGGCAUCCUUGACCCCUGGAUUCACGGGGGCGGACAUCGCUAACGUCUGCAACGAGGCGGCGCUCAUCGCUGCAAGAGAUAUGAAUGACAACAUUCAACUGAAAAACUUCGAACAGGCCAUCGAGCGUGUCGUAGCCGGUAUGGAGAAAAAGACUAACGUUCUUCAGCCGGAGGAGAAGAAGACGGUAGCAUAUCAUGAAGCAGGACACGCCGUGGCGGGUUGGUUCCUACAGUAUGCGGACCCAUUGUUGAAGGUGUCCAUCAUUCCGCGUGGAAAGGGUCUAGGAUACGCUCAGUAUUUACCACGUGAACAGUAUCUUUAUACGAAGGAGCAAUUGUUCGAUCGUAUGUGCAUGACUUUGGGUGGACGGGUGUCCGAGGAGAUAUUCUUUGGUAGAAUAACGACAGGCGCGCAGGAUGAUCUAAAGAAGAUUACGCAAAGUGCUUAUUCCCAAGUUGUGCUCUUCGGAAUGAACGAGAAAGUCGGGAACGUCAGCUUCGAUAUGCCUCAACCCGGGGACAUGGUCUUGGACAAACCGUACUCGGAACACACGGCGCAACUCAUUGAUCAGGAAGUCAGGACACUGAUCAGCGAGGCGCACAAACGUACUCACGAGCUUCUCCGGGAACACAAGGAGAACGUGCAAAAGGUAGCUGAAAGGUUAUUAAAACAAGAAAUCCUGAGUAGGGACGAUAUGAUAGAAUUGUUGGGACCGCGUCCCUUCCCCGAAAAGUCGACGUAUGAACAAUUCGUCGAAGGAACCGGCUCCUUGGAGGAGGACACGUCGUUACCCGCUGGUCUUAAACAGUGGAACGAGUCGCGAGACGAGGCCCCGAAGGAGAAACCUCCGACGGGGGAGGUCCCCGUUAGCGAGAAGUCCGAUAAAGUUCCACUUUCAGAGGGAACGCAACCUGUACAACAAUCCUCUACGUCCGCGGAGGCGCCGAAAGAUCAGCCGCAACAGCGAUUGUGAUUUAUUGGCACCUCUGCAUGAUAAGUAACAGUCAUCACCAUACCCUGCUUUUACUUUGUACAAUAGUUAAAAAUAUAUAAUGUACUAUUAAUGCGGUCCACUUACUUGGGUCCUGGAUAAACGACGGUACGCGAUCGCUAGUCUACCGAGAGGUGGGGAUAUGUUUUCUACGUAGAAUAUUAGCAGGGGGAAGUGGAGAAACACUCACGGGACUUUUACAACGUAUAAUUUAAUUAAUAAAGUUUACAAAUCUGGUGCAAUGAAA